AGGCCCCUACUCGUCGCAGCAGUACCAGAGCGGCGGCGUUCGAUGUGCUCUCACUCACUCGCGCCUUUCAAAACACCGACGGGACGCGCGCGCGACGCACGCGAUCGACGACGCUCUCUCGUGAAAAUCAGUUUGUGCAUAUACAUAGAUACACGGUGUGCGUAGUGCGCGUGACUGUGUGACAGUGCUGUAAGCUUCCAAGUGAUAUAGACGCGAUUCUGUGUUUGUGUGCGCGCGCGUAGGUGAUCUGCCAAGAAAACAAUGUCGUCGGACAUCGUGACGGAAAAGAUAGGUAUUCCAGCAUCGGAGAACUUCCAGUUGAAAUGGCAUAGCUACGGUGCCCACCUGCAUAGCUCGGUGGCGACGCUGUUGCACUCGGAGUCGUUCGCCGAUGUCUUGUUGGCGACGUCCUGUGGGCGGCAUGUGGCAGCACAUCGAUUUGUUUUGGCUGCCUGCUCAUCCUACCUUAGCCACAUUUUCCAGACUUGCCAUUUCGGCGCUAACACGAAUGCUCCCAUCAUCGUCGUCCUUCCAACAGAAAUUGGCUACCGAACCCUCAAGAUUCUUAUUCAAUACAUGUAUAGCGGCGAGACAACGGUGACUAAUGACCAGCUCGAGGGUGUACUAAAAGCUGGUGACAUUCUUCGUGUGCGCGGUCUGUGGCGUUCAAAUUCAGGCAGCAAGAAGGAGAAUAUCCAGUCGAACAAUCAAAAAAUCGUGCGCGAUAAACGUGAGCAAAUACCCGUGGCUGGCCAUCAAAUUCAAAAAAUCAAGCUCGUGCAGCCAAGCACCAUCGCCGAGCAGCAACAAAAUCAAGAGCCUACCUCGAGUGUGCAGAAUGCUAUGCAACAGGCGCCACUCAAGAAGUACGAGAAGAAGAUCGUUGAAAAAGGAGUGCAGGAUAAGGUCAUCGAAAUAGUAGAUGGUGAAAAGAUUGUCGAUGAGGCAAAGACUUGUGAUCAGCAAGUGAAAAAUAAUGAGACUCUUGAGGCGAACAGGAAGCGAAAAAGUAGUGAUACCGAGUCCAAUAAGUCUAAAAGCGACGUUGGCGAAAGUGCUGAAUUGAAUUUGGAGAUGUUAGUGAAAGAGGAACCAAUCAAUUGGGAGGAGACAAUCGAUCCAUCUGAGUCAUUGACUAUAGAUCACGAAAUGGACAUCAAACCUGAAAUAGUACAUAGUGCAGAUGAGGAUGGCGAUAUGGAAGAGGAAGAGUAUACGCCUCUCACAUGCGACAUGUGCAGUCAAACAUUCAAUCGACCUUCUGAUUGGGUUCGUCACAUAGAAUUUACACAUGCAGAUAUGACGGAAAACAGAAGAAGGAAAAGAAAGGGCGAUAGCGAUGACGAUGGCAAAGAUUUUCCACCCUUAAAAUGCGACCUGUGUGGGAAUACAUAUCCAACGCCUCAAGAAUGGGUCCGCCACAUACAGACGGAGCAUACAGAAGAGCAGCUAGCCCUGAUGAAUAAUUCAGCACCACCGAAACCCAAGCGAGUACACAGUCAUCAGAAAUUGUGUAACAUCUGUCAGAAAGUUUUUCCAAGUCAUGCGUCAAUGGUGAUACAUCAAAGGACACACACGGGUGAGCGGCCGUUUCUCUGUUCCUACUGCAAGAAAGGCUUCAAUGUGAAAAGUAAUCUUCUAAGGCACUUGAGAACAUUACAUGACAAAUUUGUACAUCCAAGUCUGUACGGCAGCAACGGAAACAAGAAUGCUUAGACAACGCUAACCCUCCAUGGUGAAACAAACAAAUAAAUAAAAACUGAAGUAUAUUUUUCUUUUUAAAAACGAUGGGAAAAAAUCAUCGAGUAUGCGGCGAUUAUCAAAAAGAGAAGCGAGUUUGUAUAAAGAGGAAGCUGGUCUGACGCUUUCAAAUAGAAUCAAAUUUGUAAGCUUUUAUCGAGCCAAGGUAUUGAUGUUAUUUUACCUUCAAGUGUAUAUUUGUUUUUUGGAAAAGAUAUUUAAUAUAAAAAUAUUGUUUCUUGUUUUGUUUGCCUUUCUUAAGUGUGAUUUAUUUAAAUUGCGAUUAGGUAUACGUUACACGAGUAUUUUUAAAACUUUGAGUUACAGAUUAUUUUCCUUCGCACCACGAUACCGAGGCUUUAAAAUUAAGGAGUCUGAUAAAUAUUGCCAAAGUAUUUCAUUUCAUCAUUGCUACAUACAAAAUUCUUCGAUGAACGUAAUACCAAAAAAUUUAUUUAUCUCGAAUAGAAACGUAAAUUGAGUAUGAGUGUGAUAAAAGAACAAAGACGAGUGAUUUUAAAGUACCUAUAAGUCUCUGCGUAAAUAUUUGCGUGUAAAAUAAUUUAAAAAUUUAACACUCAUUCAAUGAAACAACAAAAAAUUUCUUAGCAAUUAUUCGAGAUCCAAAUACCUAUGUAAGAUUCAAUUGUAUACUUCUAGGCUAUUCCAUCCGUG